UCCGAGCACCCGGUCACAGCGAGUGGCUAUUUUAAACUGUAAAGAACUCCGCUUGGACCGAGAGGAAUAUGGGAGCAGGAGCGAGCGGACUCUGGGCUGGAACGGAAAUAAAAUGACGGAACGUCGCUCGUCGCUCCGCGUUUAUUCACCGUUUAUGUUUUGUGUGUUUUUCUUGCAGGCGUGUUUCUCAUGUCUCUCCCGGUAGUCUUGCCUGGAUCGUGCUGUCGUUUAACCGGGGCUUCUCUCGCCCCUCAGUUCGCAGAUCCGUCCCGGAGGAGCCGCUGUAUGGCCGCAGUUCCGUGGCGGAUGCGAGGAUCGGAGUCGCGGUUGGUGCCGCCGCUGCUGCCCGCGCGCCCGCUGCUCUCUCUCGGGCUGCUCCAGCUGGUGCUCGGCUGCUCUAUGGUGGCGCUCUCGUUCGGAGCGCUCUCCCUCAGCAACUCGCCUCCUGUCCGCAAUUCCUGCCCGUUUUGGGCAGGAUCAUCAGUUAUCCUGUCGGGGAUUAUCGGCCUCACCACAUGGAAGCGGCCCAUGCUCUUGUUGGUGAAUCUGUUCGUGUUGCUGUCCAUGGUGUGUAUCCUGCUGAACCUGGCAGGCUUUAUCCUCUGCUGUCAGGGGGCUCAGCUGGUGUCCAGCACCAUCCACUGUCAGCUGGAUGGGAAUAGUGAUGUCUGUAACUGCUGUGCCGAGAGCCUCAGCAAGUGUCAAGACGAGGAGGUGAUAAAGAUUUAUGCAGGACACUCAUGUGCCACAAUGAGAGUGCUGCUCAAGAAAGUUCUGUUUGCGCUCUGCUCAUUGAACGCCCUGACCACAGUAGUGUGUCUGAUUGCAGCGGCACUCAGGUACCUGCAGAUCUUCUCCACCAGACGGCCCUGCAUGGAAGAGCCACGAAACAUUGUAGAGGAAGAAGAGCAGCCACACAUUCCUGAUCCUGAUGACUUUGUUCCACCCGCACCACCUCCUUCCUACUUUUCCACCUUCUACUCCUACACGCCACGGCUGGCUCGCAGGAUGUUUGGUGACAGUGUAAUUCCACUGCCUCACAUAUACGGGGCGAGGAUUAAAGGCGUGGAGGUUUUCUGUCCCCUCGACCCUCCUCCACCCUAUGAAACUGUGGCAACAGGGCAGGUUGAGCCAUCACAGGCACAGGACUCUGAGGUUCAAGUGACAGAACUGACCGAGGGGGUGUCUCACUGCUCUGAGACGGACACAGCUAGCGAUGACAGGUGUAUGCAGACAGCCACGUUGAGAUCCUCACCGCCCUCACAGUCCAUCACUGCCUCGAGCAGCAGAAAGCCACAUAGACAGCGGCACCGCAGGUCCAACAGUGACCCUGUUCUCCUGGACCUGACUGCUAAAGCAGUAAUGAGCUGUGAAGCAGCCACGCAGACAGAAGUAGGUCCUGGGACAGCAGUGGGGUCGGGGCCUGAGCCAGAGCAUCCGGUCGUCACUCUGCGGCGGGGGAGGGGCCAUCGCCGACCACGCCCCUCCUCCAUGGUGGAUUAUCAGAGCUACAGGGACACUAAGCUGCUAGUGGCACAGUUCCUGCAGCAGCAGUCGCCGUGUAGCCUGAUGCCAGAGGUGCAAGAGCUCAUCAAUAGCAUUAAGAGCGUGCUGCGCUCCGAUCAGGAACAUAUGGAAGAGGCUGUGCGCUGUGCCACCUUCAUCCAGCAGGUGAUGAGUGUCUCGGAGAGCGGGCAGGCGCGAGCAUCGUGUGCCAGACAGAUGCAGCCAAACUGUACGUCUCACACUCUGCCUCUGCGGAAGCGUCCGGGUCUCCUCCACCUGCGCAGCUGCGGAGACCUCAGUACCUUCACCUGGGCAGAGCUGCAGGUCAGACCAAGCUCCCGGGCCAACUCCAGGAUGGGCUCUCGGACCGGAACCCGCCGGCUGGCACAGGAGAGACCACACAGCCUCAUAGGUGUCUCGCGAGAGACUAUUAUCUAAAAGCUGAAAGGUUCUGUUCUGUGUAUGUGCUGGAGUCAAGGAAUAACCUAAGCUUAAAAAAAAAAAAAAAGCAGGUACAGAACGUACGCUUGCUUUUUUUUUUUUACUACAAGGAAGUGUUUGUAGAGUUCUAGUAUUGAUAGGUUUGAGUUUUCUAUGUUGUACAUAAAGAUGUGGCACGGUUGAAUUCUGCACUGCACUAAACAGCAUGAGAGUCACUACUCCUGGAUAUUAAAGGAGAACUGAAGUCAUUUUUAAACUUGCUUUAUUUCUUAAUUAACGUGUUAUUCAAUUACGUUUUCGGUUUUAGUAACCUUAUAUCGUGACUCGUACUGGCAACUAAUUGCAAUUAAAUAUUAUACUUAUCAGCCUAUUCGGUUUUUAGCCGUGUUGAAUUUAGUUCGUUUGGUCCAUGGCAGGCGUCGCUUAUCCGCGCGAUCUUCAUGAGACUUGUGCGAGACUUCGAAACGUGAAGUGUCAGCCAGGUGUCAGUGCCGCCAUUUUGAAAACUUUUCCAAACGAAAUAUUGCACAAAAACGAGUUUAAACGACGAUUACUGCUUACUUUUUUUCAAACGUUCCUGAUUGCUAUCAAAACAAAUAAAACUUCCGGCUUGAUUACAUCAGCAUUCGAAGGAGGGCGCGCGCGUCUUUUAAGCCUCGGUCACAACCAGCCAUACGUGCUCCUACAGCCGGUCUACGUGCAAAAAACGCAAGAAACGCACGGAGGGCGCGCGUGAAACGCACGAGAGCGCGCGUGUGACGUGCUGAUUUUCGAGCUGUAGAUUGGCUGCAGAGGUUCUUUGUCAUGUCAAACAAACUCUACGGGCACUUACUUUUUUUUCAGGUUGCAAGACAAACUUACAGCCAACGCGCGUCUUUCUCCAUGAACAAAAAAAAAAAAAAAAACCGCAGCGAUUUGGGAAACGCCAAAAAUCGCACGGCCAAAAAAAUUGUACGUCCGGUUGUGACCUAGGCUUUAACAACGUUGGCAGAUGUUGGUCGCUUUGAUUUCCGCUGUACGUUUUACUUCCGUCCUACGAUGUCUCGCACAGGUCUCAACGAAUCUCGUUUACGGCCAUUGCUUUGACAUAUGGACUGAUAUCUUACAUAGCGUAUUUCACUCAUAACUUGCUAUAGCAGUGACAGAAUAGCUGUCAAAAAUGCAUUCCUAUAUUUAAUAAAGUGAGAUAGAAUUUUGAUCAUAAAAAAUUGCCUUCAGUUCUCCAUUAAAUGAAUACUGAUGCACUGCUUCCUCUAAAGUAUUGUUGAACAGACACUUUUACAAGAUGAAGAUAAAAAGUAAAAUUAAUAUUACACUUAUUACUGAUAUUUACUUUAAGGAGUAAAAAGUCCAAUCACUGAAUACUGACUGAUUUACAUUGUUUAUUUUAUUUAUAUUGAUUUUUAUUGUCUUAUAUCAUCAAAUAUAAACAGGUACCAGUAGAUUUGGUCCAAGAAUCCUUUACUGAAACCCAAAUGAAAAGCAGAAACUUAGUUAUUGAGGUCAAUGAUAAUAAGUAUAAUUAUAAAAUAAACAUUUUUAAAUGUUUUAAAACAAGAUGAUGAACUCCAGCAACGCCCCCUAGUGACAAUGACUUUUGGUUCAAAAGAACACACACAUUACUGCAGUUCUGUGGGCCGCACAGUGGUGUAGUGGUUAGCACUGUCGCCUCACUGCAAGAAGGUUCAGGGUUUGAGCCCAGUGGCCGACGGGGGCUUUUCUGUGUGGAGUUUGCAGUUUCUCCCCGUGUCCUCCAGUUUCCUUCCAAAGACAUGCAGUUAGGUUAAAAUCACACACUCAUCAUGGGUGUGAAUGGUUGUUUCCCAAGCCUAGAAAUGGGAGGGUUGUGUAAAAGGGUAUCCAGCGUAAAACUGUGCUCCAAUUAAUAUGACCUGUGGAUCACUGAGCUGGCAACAGUGCCGGAUAAGGAAGACGACGACGACUGCAGUUCUGUAAUAUCAUUCAUAUUUCCAACAAUGUUGAUAAUUACAUAGAACAUUGCUCAGGCUCUAGAAAAAUAUAAGGCAAAAAAGAUGGCAAAACCAAGUUUUAAGUCACGUUUGUAUAUUUCUCUUAAGUUUCUGAACAACCCUAACCCCUGACUACAUCAUCGCUUGUUUACCGCAAUGCAUUAUGGGCGAUACUCAGGGUCAGCUCCGCCGUAUUGUUUACUUUCGCCUUUGUUAAACACUGCAUUGUUCUGUCUAACCGGUUUUAACCGUGCUGCCUAAAAUGAAUCGCUGUGUGCCUUACUGUGUCUCCACAACAAAGAGAACACCUAAUUUGAGCUUUUAUCAGCUGCCAGUCGAGAAGAAAGGAAUGGAUCGAUUUAAUCCGCAACGAAAACCUUCGAACUGAAUCGAAAUGGACAAGGUGUUUGUAGCUUACAUUUCUCUGAUGGGAAAAAGACGUGUUUAAACUGUGACCCAGCAAUAUUUCCAUGGUCUGCGGAACGGCCUUCGGUUAUAGAUGAUUAUAACAAUCGACACUGUUCAUCUGGAACUAGCGAUAUUCCAAAGCCUGGAAAACAAAGAAGCAUUCUUUGGCCUUUGCCUCUCAACGUUCCGAAGCACUCGGCAGCCGAACGAGCCUGUCGGACCGAUAAAACUCCCAAACCAUGAAGGGUUCUCUUUCGGGUGUGUAUCAUCAUCAUCAUCAUCAUCAUCGUGUUUUCCCGCGUGGCACGUGGUCGGCCUUGGGGGGCAGCUGCUUGGCUGAUGGAAAACAAGAGGCCAACAGCUGCGUGAAGUCAGUCUUGUGCAUCAUUUUCAAGAUCUGUUUUUUGUCCAUAUUCAGGCAUUCCUCCAUCUUAUUCCAGUUAGUUCUUCUAUCGAAAAGGACUUUCUUCAGUAGGGCGUCAUUGCUCAUCUGACAGAUGUGUGCAAGAUACUGUAGAUGUUUGGUCUGGUAGUAGUGUUUUAUCGGUGUAGAGCCGGUAAUGCUCUGAAGCUUACUGUUUGAGAUUUUAUAUGCCCAGUCAAGCUCUCCAUCAACGAGGGAGGAUGAGUCCACGCCCUUUUGUUGUUUGUUUUUCGGUGGAGCAUUCUUACGGGCAAAGCCUCCCGCGAUCAUUUUUCUCAGGAAGCUGUUCCAGAUCACCUCUAACUUUUGGGUCUCUGCUGAUGUGAGAUCCCACACUUGAACACUGUAGAGCAGCCUUGGGCAGACACAGGAGGUUAAAAACUUCAUUCGCGUACUUAGAUUUCACGAUCAGUAAGGAUGUGCUUCAGCUCGUUCCAUUUCUCAAAUGCUGAGGCAAUUCUUUGGUGAAGGAAGGCUGAUGUUUUGUUAGUGUUUGUCAUCAGAUGUCCUAGAUGCCGGAAUUCUCUCACGUUCUUAAGCGCAACACCAUUAACAGUCACUAGACUUUUCUUUUAUGCUUUCAUCAACAUUGAAUGCCAUAGUCUUGGUCUUCUUGUAGGACAUACAUAAGCCGAAUCUUGUAAAGGUGUUGUCAUAGAUCUCAAUAAUCUUCUGAAGUUCAUCGAUACUUUCUGAAAAGAGCACAUCAUCAUCCGCAUAACUCCGUUAUUCUGAUGAUACCAUGCGCUUUGGUGGUACGAAGCGCUCGGGGGGAUACUUCGUUGGGGAUUAUAAACUCUAUGCGGACUCCAGCCUCUGGGAACUGAGUAUGGAUUUCAUGCUUAGCGCAUCUCAUCACGAAGUCCAUGUAUAUAGUGUAUAAUGAUCAGUGAACCUCAUGAGCGGCAUUUAUUGAAGUAAAUGCAUUUAUACAGAACAUGACACGGCAGAUCAGCGGGUUUCCAAAGAUUUUUUUUUUUGUAACGUUUCCUAUCAUCAAGUUUUAUUUAACUAAUAACUCAUUUAUAAAUGUUUUGAUAAGACAUUCUGAGAUUUGAUGAUGUCCAGCGUGGUAGACUCGGUUAAUCUCUAGGUUGUACGAAUUCUUGUCUCUUAUGUCUUACCUUCUCACCAAGCUUGAUUUGGAUUCAGAUUUUCCUGCUGUAAACCCUCGGCAUGUUAUCCACCUCUUUCAAUCACCAAUUUCAUUGUCUUCCAUGACAAAAUCGCUCCUGUCACAUCGCCCUCACGUAAAAUUAAUCCAACAUCCACCAUAUUGCACAGCUACCAACCCUGGCUAUCCCCCAUAAUGCAUUGCGAUAAACAAGUGAUGACGUAGUUAUGCUUAGGGGCUAUUCAACAUGCAUGUGGAAGUGUCUUAAAACCCAAUUAGUCUAAUUGGGGGGUGGGAUAAGUAUUAGGAUAACCUUCUGGAUCACUUUAUUCAAGUUUGAGUUGAUGAGUCUGUCCAUCCAGGCUGUUAUGACUUCAAAUUUAAAAUGUGUUUCAGACAUAAAAGUUUUUUUUUUUUAAACUGCAGUGGUGUUGGAGGGAAAAAUUACUGUGGGGAAAAAAAUGCUCUUCCUGCAGGAUUAAGAUUAAAAAUAAAAAAAACAAAAAUAAACUAGACAGGGACACUCUAACGAGUGCAAACCCCGCCUUUUCCCUAUUAAAAUACAUUGGGCGAAAAUUUCGAAGUUCUGCCAUGACCUUGACCUUUGACCUUCAAAAUUUAAUGGUUUCCUUCCUGGGUGAUUGGCAACACAUGUACAAAAUUUGGUCCAAAUCGAUCCAUUGGUUCUUGAGAUAUCUUGCAGACACACAGACAGACAGACAGACAGAUACACACACACAGACUGACGCAGGUGAAAAUAAUAACCCCUCCGACUACUGUCGGCGGGGUUAAAAAUACAGGAGGCUUGUAUAUACAUUUUCUCAUUCAUUUAUUGUCGUAAAUACUGUUACAAACAUUCCUGCUAUGGCGUAGGAAUGUGGCUCAAUGAUUCAUCACAGAAAAAGCUCGCAAAUAAAUAAACGUUGCCAAUGCUUUACAGAAAGUGUUACUUUUUUUCCCUCUAUUUCUUUACCAUAGAAGACAAACAUAGAUAUAAGUUUAAAUACAUUCAGAGCGAGUGCAUAAGAAACACUAGUCAAACCCACCAUGUACUCUUUGUUUUUAAUCUCCUAAUUAUCACAACAACACGAAGCCCUGUGUUUACUCCGCAGUACAGACACGAGUGUGUACUUCACAUCGAUGUGUUCAGUGUGUUCUGGGGGAAUUGGAGUCUUGACUGCGUUUCACUAAUGACCAUAAAGCAGCACAUACAGUGAUUUUUCGAUUUAUUCUCCCGUGUAAACCCAUCCAAAGCCAACAUCAUCAUUAAAGCUUGCAUAUAUUUGUGGCCUUGUUUGUUGUAUACACAGAAGUGCAAUGGUGAUGUUUAUAUUUUAAUCGUCGAAUUAAAACUGACUGCUCUUGUACAGUAGUACAAUACGAGUUUGUGAUGAACAUCACUUUCCUGUUCACUGGAGCUCCACUGAGUGAGCGUCACGCUCAGCUUAAUGCAGUCAUACGGACAGAAACAUGAUGGCGAUUUUGGUGUGUUUGCCGUCAACACCUCCUAGAAGCUGAAGAGGUCCUUUCGGAUAGAGAUGAUGAGAGUACUACUGUACACAAGUCUAACUCUCUCUCUCUCUCUGUCUCUCUGUGUGUCAAAAGUCUUAAAUGUACACACUGUAUAUACACAAUCACUGGACGUGUAUACUGAAAUGU